AUGUGGCACAUUUCGACGGCGCAAUUUGUGAGGAGUAGCAUUCACAAGCUUAUUGUUCUUGUGGUUGCAGUCGAGUGUGUUUGUUUCGCGUUGCUGUCAAAGACCACGGCGCACAAUGCCGCUCCUGUAGUUCGUAUAGGUUCCGGCCUCGUGUCGGGUCUGCAAUUCGAGCUCGGAGGCAAAAUUCUGGACGCCUAUAUUGGGAUACCGUAUGCUCAGCCACCCGUCGGAGAGCUCCGAUUUAAAAAGCCUAGACCAGUCUCACCGUGGGAUGGCAUCUACAACGCGACAACGAAGCCAACGCCUUGUCAUCAGGUGCCAGUUCCCUUACUUGGACUGACCAAGUUGAACUACACAAAGGCAUCUGAAGACUGCCUGUACGUUAACGUGUGGAAGCCAUCGCAGCCUGGUUGUCGGGAGCAGCGAAACUGCACGAAUGAACUUCUUCCAGUUCUCGUGUAUUUUCACGGAGGCGCCUUUCAGUGGGGUGACUCGGCGCUGCUAGUCUACGAUCCGGCGAACUUCGUGGCGCUGACAGAAAUCGUGUUCGUGACGUUCAAUUACCGCCUGGGAAUCUUCGGAUUCUUAUCCCUCGAGACGUCGGAUAUGCCGAGUAACGUGGGCCUCUGGGACCAGCACAUGGUACUCGAGUGGGUGCGUGAGAACAUUGCAAGCUUCGGAGGUGAUCCCCGACAAGUGACCAUCGGCGGACAGAGUGCGGGGGCGACGUCGGUGGCUCUGCACGCCGCGUCUCCGCGAAGCAAGGGACUUUUCAAGAGAAUAAUUACACAGAGUGGCUCCCCGCUUUCCAUGGUGCUGAACAUUUUCUUCAGGGGUGAAGGGAAAUUUAUAAACACCGCCGUCUUGCUGGGUUGCUAUGACGUUAAGAUGACCUUUAGCGAGCAGCGUAAACAGGUCAUCAGCUGUCUUCGUAAACUCGAUGCAAGCUUUAUUAUGCGAAAAGUCGAAAAACUCAACUUCUUGCAGCAAAUUUUUUCGCCCUUCGAUAAGGACGAAUUCCUUCCCUUUUCUGUCUUGUCUCCAGAACCGUGGAAACAACUGCACGUUGAAGACGUGCUACUGGGAACCACCACUGACGAAGGAACAAUGUUUUUUAGCUUCCUCUCCGACUCAUUUCCUCAGGCUUCCGAAGUAUUGGCUACGCAGUACAGAACUGUUGUAACAGUCGUCAUAUCUCAGGCUAUGAACAUUCCUGUGUCGACGGCAAAGGAACUAGUGCUUGCUUAUUUCGGAGGACAUGAAGUCGAGCACAGCUACAACGAAGUACGCGACAUCAUCUGCGAAAUUUUCGCUGAUGCUGUUUUUAACUGCCCUACUCAGCUGUUUGCUGACAGCGCGGCUGAGCAGGGAAUACGGACGCACCGUUACUUGUUCGCUUACAAGUCGACGCACAGCUUUUUCCCAAAAUGGAUGGGUGUGGCACACACCGAAGACCUCUUUUAUACUAUGGGAUCGCUACCGUUCCUAAGAGACAAAAGCCGUUACACCGAUGUUCUUGGCUCAUUGGGAAAGAAAUACUUGGCCACCCAGGACUACACAAGCGAGGAAGAGCAGUUUAUGAAGGAUGUCGUCAGUGCUUGGGGCGCCUUUGUACGAACUGGGAAACCGACGAUUCCACGGGCCGGCGUGAUCUGGCCCCUAUACGGGGUCGACAAGCGUCAGAUGCUUGUUCUUAGGCCAGAAAACUUCACCAUCGUCAACGACAUGAAAACAGACCGCUGUGCCAUUUGGAGGCCAAUUUUCUACAGGAAGGAUGCCCAGGAGGUUCCAGUGACAAGUUCGACCACAGCAAAGACAAAGAAGCACGGUAGUCCACCGUUAUGGAAGACAAAGUAUACUGACCGAAAACCAGAAAAUGGCGGAUCGACGUACGACCAAAACUUAUGCGGAGUGUUUCUCGUGGUGCUGUCGACACUAGCAGCCCUUCCACUGUCGCAAUCAUACACGAGUACAUUUUAAUCAAUCCUAGCCUUGGCACUUCAAAAUGAAAAAGCGUGUAAAGGCUGUAGUAUAAUUUCUAAUAGUAGAGAGCUUUAGAAUAGCGGGAACGUCUACCUUUAACUUUUUCAUUACAGCUAAAAAUGCGCUGAUUUUCGGCCAUUUCAUCGUUCAGUUUAGUGCAGAUUUUUUGCCCACUUUUUUUAUGGUGCUGCACAGUAGUGUGGAGUGUUUCAUAAUAUUGUACAGUAAUAAAUCAGGGCACUUGGACAGGCGGCGUUUAGAGUGUAAGUAAUUAGAAAGCUAGUCAAGCUACGGUCGAAAGUCGGCCUGGAAUCGACUGCUAGCUGUUACGUGAGUGAAAAGCCCAUACGACGGGGAGGAUUUCUCGUAAUAAUUUUGCAUACGCUGCCGAAGCGCUGAUGAAUAAAGCAGCCCACAGUGGGGAAAAUAAAGUUGCACUUGAUAUUAGCGGUACAUAUUUAUCGAAAUAAUAGCACUCAUGAGUGUCUACCGUUGUUUGAGACAUAGUUAACGCAGCCUAUCUGCCGGCAUAAAAAAUUGACAACUCUAGAGAAGCUCCUGUGUCUGCACUGCUGCAGUGAUUUACAGAUUAUGUUGCCGAGUCGACGGAAGCGUAAAAUAUUGUGUAUUUAUAUUGAAGAAGUGCUAGGAGCAGUGGAGGCUAGAUUCGACGAAAUCUGUCGUGGAAGUUUCAUUUUUCCAGACUUAAUUCUUCCAGAUUAUGAUCUGCUCAAAAUUGCCAAAUCUGGAAAAUAUAGCUAAAAUUCAGUCGUCAUUUCAAACGGUGCAUGAUGUUGCUAGUAGAACAAUUUCAAAGUAAACGUUUAACAAAACGUAGAAAAACUCGAUGAAAUUGAUUCAUUUUUAUAGGCCCGAUUUCAACAAGGCUAAAUUUGCUCAUCUACGCAGCGCUUGGACUGCAGCGCGUCCUCGUGGCUUUUGGUUAUUUAGCCGAAUUUAUUACGGACAAUGCUAUCGGCAAAUGCGCUUUUGCAAACCCAUUCUUAAGUGAGGUAGGGGCUAGAGCAAAAUGCGCCCGCCACAGUGCAUGGAUUCCUGAUGCAAAUUUGUUGCAUAUUACAUAGAAGACCUAAACGUGAACCAAGUAACAGUCAGAGUGUCCAGAUCCCGUUCUUUAGUCGGUGUCCUCGAAGAGAAAUAUGGCCUAAUGUUUAAUGACGAAGCAGACAAUAAAUGCAACUGUUAGUGCCACUAUUCCUUACAAAACGUUCCUAAAUCUAUACCUCAGCGUGCGCUCGGACUUGAUACAUACGUGUCACCAUCUUCUAGAGCGCUAUUGUGAAUGGUUAAAUCGGUAGUACUAACGACGUAGCUAAGCUAUUUAGUGCUUAAUGCAGGUUCAGUUUGACCGCCAAUUCCAGCAGGCACGGAUCAAACCUUCGACCAAGGUCAAACAGCUUGACCAGUCAUACAUAUGCUGAGGAACAAUGCGAACACUCUGUGUCAUUGUGUACGUUACACAAAGUAUCCCUUGACGUCGGAUAAAACUUGUUCUUUCCAUA